AUGGCCAACGCAUGCGCAACUUGCGCCUCCAUAUACGAUAGUCCCCUUGACCCCGCCUCCGAGAAACCACUCCUUCCAGGACGACAUUUACCAUGCUGUGAUCGAUCGAUAUGUUCGCGAUGUCUGAACCAGAACAAGCGAUACGAGACGUACUGUCCAUACUGCCAAAUCACAACCGAGCCGUCUCUGCUGCCACAAGGACUGAAAGAUCCUCCCGCAUAUACGUCGUUGAACGAGCCAAGCGUGCCGCCACCUAGUGAAAAGCAAGUUGAGGAGGAUGAGGAGCUGCCUGCAUAUUCGUCGCACGAUUCGCGGCCACCACCAUCAGAGAAAGAGAGGCAGGGUGAGCCCGCGCCGGAUGUACUGCAUUUCUUGACGCCGGAGGAUAGUAUAAGGUCGUUGGCGUUGGCAUAUGGGGUGCCGACCAAUGCGUUACGGAAAGCCAAUAAUGUUUUCUCGGACCAUCUCAUACAAGGUCGGAGGACGGUGUUGAUUCCGGGCGAGUACUACAAAGGUGGUGUAUCACUUUCGCCACAGCCACCGGAGGGUGAAGAGGAGGAAGUAAAGAGAGGAAAGGUGAGGAGGUGGAUGAUGGCGUGUAAGGUUGCAGAUGUUCCGCUCCGGCUUAGAUACGAUGUGGCGUUGCUAUACCUGCAGCAAGCCGACUGGGAUCUCGAUACAGCUGUGAGGGCCUACCAAGAUGACGAAAGAUGGGAAAGGGAGCAUCCGAUGGAGGCCAAGCAGAAGAUGAAGAAGGGAAAGUCGCCGAUGAGUGUGGGUAUGAGGAGAUAUGUUGGUGCGCAGACGUGA